UUUAGUUCUUGCAGUAAAGUGAGAUACGUAAAUGAGUUCUACAUUUCUUUGAUAUUCAGAGAGAGAGAUUAUGAGUUUAUUUAGAAGAAGAAAGAAAGUUAAAGGGGUUGUGGUUUUAUCAGAAGGCCAAAAUAUUAUUUCAGGAACAAAUGAAGAUAUUGUUCCACGGAAUCAAUCAAUAGACAUUAGUCUUCCUGAAGGAGUUGAUGGAAUCAAUCACUUAAACAUAAGUACUUCAAGUGCCACUCAAGUCCUUCAUGGGCUCAAUCGAGCUGUUAAUGGAGCCAGUCGAGUUGUUGAUAAAGUUUCUGAAUCUUUGGGAGGAAAAGUUUCUCUUCAACUCAUUAGCUCUACCAAUAAUUCAUGGAAGGGGAAAGGGAAGGUGGGAAAGAAAGUUUACCUUGAAAAGUGGAGUAGUAAAAUGAAAUGUGGAGGGGAUUUUGUUUCAUUUGAAGUAAAUUUUAAGUGGGAUGAAGAGAUUGGACUUCCAGGAGCUUUCAUCAUAAAAAAUAGACACUUGACGAAAUUCUACCUAAAGUCCUUCUCUCUUGAAAAUGUUCCUCACCAUGGAAACAUCCACUUUGACUGCAACUCUUGGAUUUACCCUUUUUCCAUUUGCCCUCCUCUAAAAUCCAAACGUAUCUUCUUUACCAACAAGGCAUAUCUUCCACAACAAACACCCGAGCCACUACUCACGUAUAGAAAUGAUGAGCUCAUAAAAUUGAGAGGAGAUGGAACAGGAGAGCGUCAAAAAAGAGAUAGAAUAUAUGAUUAUGAUGUUUACAACGAUCUUGAUGAAAAAGAUUUAGGUUCAGCAAAUGCUCGACAAAUUCUUGGAAACUCGACUGAAUACCCUUAUCCUCGUAGAGGAAGAACUGGACGAGGACCUUCACUUCAAGAUGGGAGAUAUGAGAGUAGAUCAUCAACAUUAAUGCUUAAGAUUUAUGUUCCUAGCAAUGAAAGAUUUGGUCCUUCAAAGAGAUUUGAAUUCUUUGGUAAACAAUUGGAUGCAAAAUUAGCUGAUCUUCAUCCAUCUGGUGUUGAAGAAUUUGAAUCCUUCCAAGAUGUACUUAAGCUCUAUGAACUACUUGAACAGCUUAAAAUCCAUCGAGAGUUACCCAAAAUUCCAUUGCCCCAACUGAUCCAAGAGAAUAAAUUUGCUUGGAGGACUGAUGAAGAAUUUGCUAGAGAAAUGUUGGCGGGAGAAAAUCCAAUUGUCAUUCGUCGUCUUAAAGAGUUUCCACCAUUGAGUAAGCUUGACCAAAAGGUUUAUGGUGAUCAAGACAGCAAGAUAACUGAAGAACACGUCAUAAAUAGUUUGGAUGGAUAUCUUACAGUAAAUGAGGCAAUGAAGGAAAACAGGCUGUAUAUAUUGGAUCACCAUGAUUCAAUAAUUCCAUUUCUAAGAAGAAUAAAUUCAUUAAAUUCCACAAAAACAUAUGCCACAAGAACAAUUCUGUUCCUAAAAGAUGAUGGGACUUUGAAGCCUUUGGCAAUUGAAUUAAGCUUACCCCACCCAGAUGGAGACAAAUUUGGUGCCAUUAGCAGAGUAGUUUUGGCAGCUAAAGAAGGAGUUGAUGCCUCAAUUUGGCAAUUGGCAAAGGCUUAUGUUGCUGUUAAUGAUACUGGCCACCAUCAACUUGUUAGUCACUGGUUGAACACCCAUGCAGUAAUUGAGCCAUUUGUGAUUGCAACCAACAGACAAUUGAGUGUUCUUCAUCCCAUUCACAAGUUGCUAGUGCCUCAUUUUAAGGAUACCAUGAAAAUCAAUGCUCUUGCAAGGGAAUCUCUUAUUAGUGCUAAUGGCAUCAUUGAGAGAACUCAUUAUCCAGCUAAAUAUUCCAUGGAGAUGUCUUCUUUUGCUUACAAAACUUGGGUCUUCCCUCAACAAGCUCUUCCUGCUGAUUUGAUUGAGAGAGGAAUUGCAAUUAAGGAUCCAAGUGCCCCACAUGGAGUCCAAUUACUCAUAGAAGAUUAUCCAUAUGCUGUUGAUGGACUUGAGAUUUGGACAGCAAUUAAAACAUGGGUACAAGAUUAUUGCUCUUUUUACUACCAGAAAAAUGAAAUGAUUUGUGAUGAUCAAGAGCUCCAAUCUUGGUGGAAAGAGCUUAGAGAGAAAGGUCAUGAAGAUAAGAAAAAUGAAACAUGGUGGCCAAACAUGCAAACUCUUGAGGAACUAGUUGAAAUAUGUACUAUCAUCAUAUGGAUUUCUUCCGCUCUUCAUGCUGCAGUUAAUUUUGGACAAUAUUCUUACGGUGGUUUUUUUCCGAACCGACCAACAAUCAGUACGAGAUUGUUGCCUGAUGAAGGAACUCCAGAUUAUGAAGAGCUUGAGUUGCAUCCCGAGAAGGCUUUCUUGAAAACAAUUUCUUCUCAACGGAAAGAGAGCAUUUCAGUUGUGUCAAUAAUUGCGAUUUUGUCAAUGCAUUUUUCUGAUGAGGUGUAUUUAGGGGAAAGAAGCAAUCCAGAGUGGACAUGGGAUAAGGAAGCUUUGGAAGCAUUUGAUAAGUUUAGAGGAAGAUUAAAGGAAAUCGAGGAGAGGAUUCUGAAAAGAAACAAAGAUCCUAAGUUGAAGAAUAGAGUUGGACCUGUAAAUGUACCCUACACUCUACUCUUUCCAACUAGCACCAAUGGCCUCACAGGCAAAGGAAUUCCUAAUAGCAUUUCCAUUUGAAAGUUAAAAGCUUUUGUGAUGUACUUAUCUAGUGAUUUUUAGAGAAUGAUUAAUGUUGUAUAUUUUUCUAGCUAUUUAAUAGACUUUGAAUCUAAUUAUGUACUGUAACUCAUAAACAGAAGCUACUAAACUUAGUGGUAAUUUAACAUGCUCUUAGAGUUAGGAGGUCCUAUAUUUUGUUUGAAA